AUGGCCUUUAUGGAUGAUUUACUAUCUGAUAAUUUUCCAUCUGAGAAUUCACUAUCUGAUGAUUUUCUAGAAGAGGAUUCAUCAUUUGAUAUUUCGCCAUCUGAGAAUUCUCCAUUUGAUGAUUCGCCAUCUGAUAAUUCACCAUCUGAUGAUUCGCCAUCUGAUGAUUCGCCAUCUGAUGAUUCGCCAUCUGAUGAUUCGCCAUCUAAUGUUUCACUAUUUGAUGAUUCACAAUAUGAUGAUUCACCAUUUGCUGAUUCACAAGCAGAUGAUCCACCAUCUGAGGAUUCGCCAUCUGAUGAUUCCUCAAUGAAGGAUUCACCAUCAGAUGACUCAUUGUAGGAGGAGGACUGUUCAUUAUAUGAUUUGCUGCAGGAAAAUUCACCAUUAGUUGAUUCGCUGUCGUAAGAUUCGUCGUUAGAUGAUUUCAUGGUAGAGAUUUUAUUGGCUGAUGAUUUGCUAGCGGAGAAAACACUACUUGAUGAUUCUCGAUUAGAAAAUUCACUAUAAGGUGAUUCGCUUUCACAGGAUGCAACAUCAGAUGAUUCGCAGCCCGAAUACUCUCCAUCGUAUGAUUCGCUGGAGGAAUAUUCAUAAUAAGAUGAUUCGAUGUUGGAGGAUUUACUAUCUGAGAAUUCUUCAUCUGAGAAUUCACUAUCUGAUGAUUUACUAGAAGAGGAUUCAUUAUCUGAUAAUUCGCCAUCUGAGAAUUCUCCAUUUGAUGAUUCGCCAUCUGAUGAUUCACCAUCUGAUGAUUCGCCAUUGGAUGAUUCGCCAUCUGAUGUUUCCCCAUCUGAUGUUUCACCAUUUGAUGAUUCACAAUAUGAUGAUUCACCAUCUAAUGAUUUACAAUCAAAUGA